UACAUGUACAUACAUAUGUACAUACAAUUUUAUAAAUUCUAUAAUGUGUUUUACUGCAUAGAUAAGUAAAACAGAUUUUAAAAUUAGAAGUUUGUGGAGAUUAUCCCCGUUCAGAGCAUUAAAUAUCAUACUUGCGGUUUUUCUGAACCUUAAAAUAAUUUUUGUAUUUCAAUUACUUACAUCUGCUGGGUGAAUAAAAAUGGUUAAGCCGCAAUACAAAGUUGCUGAUAUAAAAUUAGCGGAAUGGGGACGGAAAGCUAUUAUUAUCGCAGAAAAUGAGAUGCCCGGUUUGAUGGCAUGCCGACAAAAAUAUGGUCCACUCAAGCCAUUGAAAGGAGCUAGAAUUGCUGGGUGUCUUCACAUGACGGUCCAGACUGCGGUUUUAAUUGAAACCCUCAUUGAACUCGGAGCAGAGGUUCAGUGGUCAAGCUGUAAUAUAUUUAGUACACAAGACCAUGCUGCUGCUGCUAUCGCUGCCACUGGCGUCCCCGUUUAUGCUUGGAAGGGUGAAACCGAUGACGAAUACAUGUGGUGUAUUGAGCAAACUCUUGUUUUUAAAGAUAUGAAACCACUCAAUAUGAUUCUAGAUGAUGGUGGCGAUCUUACAAAUUUAGUUCAUGAAAAAUUUCCACAGUACUUAAAGGAAAUUAGAGGUCUCAGCGAAGAAACAACAACUGGUGUUCAUAAUUUAUACAAAAUGAUGAAGGAUGGGAAACUAGGUGUUCCUGCUAUUAAUGUGAAUGAUUCAGUUACUAAGAGUAAAUUUGAUAAUUUGUACGGAUGCCGUGAAUCUCUUAUUGAUGGUAUUAAACGAGCCACCGAUGUCAUGAUUGCCGGUAAAGUAUGUUGUGUGGCUGGUUAUGGUGAUGUUGGUAAAGGUUGUGCUCAAUCGUUGCGUGCUUUUGGGGGCCGAGUUUUAGUUACUGAAAUCGAUCCAAUUAAUGCUCUGCAAGCUGCUAUGGAGGGGUACGAAGUGACAACGAUUGAAGAAGCCAGUAAGGAGGCCAUGAUAUUUGUUACAACCACAGGUUGUGAGCAGAUUAUACUUGGUGAACAUUUUCUCAAUAUGAAAGAUGAUUCAAUUGUAUGUAAUAUCGGUCACUUUGAUUGCGAACUUGAUGUUGCUUGGCUAAAUGAAAACGCCAAAGAAAAAGUUAAUGUUAAGCCACAAGUGGAUAGAUACACAUUAUCAAAUGGGAGGCACAUAAUAUUGUUAGCUGAAGGUCGCCUUGUUAAUUUAGGUUGCGCGCAUGGUCAUCCAAGUUUUGUUAUGUCAAAUUCAUUUACAAAUCAAGUUUUGGCCCAAAUCGAAUUGUGGACAAAACCUGGACAAUAUGAUAUUGGUGUACAUGUUUUACCAAAAGUACUAGAUGAAGAAGUUGCAAGGUUACACUUAGAUAAAUUAGGUGUAAAGUUAACAAAACUAACUGAGAAACAAGCAAAAUACUUGGGUAUUCCACAAGAAGGACCAUAUAAACCAGAUCAUUAUAGAUAUUAAUAUCUAAUAAAAUACUUUUUGGUUGCAUUUAA